AACUUUCAAAAACUAAGACUCAUUCCACUAAAGCUAAAGAAUGCUUGACAUGGUUUUAUUUUUCUGGGAAGAAGGGUGUUGUGAACCAAGACUCUAAAAAAGCCUUUGAAACUUUCAAAAAGCGAUUCAGACCAACAAAAUUCUGUAAAACUUAUGUUGGCAAAAUUCUAUCUAAAUGCGGUGGUUCAAAAUCAAAAAAAGGCAGUUGA